AUGGACGAGGAGAUCGAAAAAAUCCGAAUGCAGAUAGAGAACAAUAUCACCAAAAUUGCAGUCCUAAAAGUUAAUUUGUGUGAACUGAAGGAUCCCGAAAAGUUGAUGGCUGCUGCAUCAGAUUCACUUCCAACUUGUUCUAUUUGCUUGGAGCGAUACAAUAAAGAAGAUCACUUGGAGUCUGUUCUUACUACUUGUGGACACAAAUUUGGGCGAUCUUGUAUCGAGAAAAGCUUGGAAACCAACGAAUACUGCCCCAAAUGCAACAAAAUUUCCAAAAACCAAAAUGUUCUCACUAUAUUUGAAUAG